AACGUCACUCAUAUCUUAAAAUAUGUAACAAACAGUAUUUUUUCUAUUUGUUGUGCAUAAAUUGACAGCCAACCACGGAAUUGUGGAAUUAUCUUGCACAAUUGCUUACUACACGUGAGGGUUUUAAUCAUUGUCCAUUCGCAGUGGCCAGGACGCGUCUCUUUUAACAAUAAAACAGGUUGGACAAGACUGAAUAAAUCGGACCAUUAAACUAAUAAUGGUCGAGCUAACAACAAUUGUUGAAAAUGGGACCGCGAAUCAAGCAAAGAUAAGAAACAUUCGUGCCCUCAUUGCCUACUGGAUUCUAGGACUGUGCAACAAUUAUGGAUAUGUAGUAAUGUUAACGGCGGCCGCAGAUAUUAUUGACAGAUUUUCCGAAGAAAGUGAAACGAGUCAGGUGAGAGACUGUACCUAUAUGUCCACUGGAGUGGUACUUCUUGCUGAUGUUAUCCCGUGUCUUGUUAUCAAAAUAUUUGGACCUUUUUUGCCAUUUUUUGUCAAUGUACGUGUGGGACUUAAUAUCUGUUUGGCAUGCACCAGUUUCUUAUUGGUGGCAUUCAGUGAUUCUAUGACAUUGGCCAUAUUGGGUGUUAUUUUUACGUCUUUUAGUUCAGGAUUAGGUGAAAUCACAUUUUUGCAAUACAGUUCAUUUUACAAUAAGAAUGUUGUAUCAACAUGGAGUUCAGGGACUGGAGGUGCUGGUGUAUUUGGAGCUCUGUCAUAUGCGCUUUUAGAAGCAAUUGGACUUCGAAAUGCUUUACUAACAAUGCUUAUAAUUCCUAUAACAACGGCAGUUUCAUUUUGGAUAAUAUUACCAAAACCCUCGGAAGGUGAAAACUCACAAAAUGUCGAGAUGCAGAAAGAGAUUAACGCUGUUGAUCUAAAAAGUCCUUUAGAAUCGUUAAAAAUUAAACUAAGAAUUUUACCCGGACUGUUAAAAUAUAUGAUACCUGUCGGAUUGGUUUAUCUCUUUGAAUAUUUUAUUAACCAAGGAUUGUUCGAACUAAUUGAUUUUAAGGAUACAUUUGUAGACAAAAAAGGUCAAUACCGAUGGUUGCAAGUCACUUAUCAAGUGGGUGUAUUAAUUUCUAGAUCAUCGGUUAACUUGUUUCACAUUCGUAAAAUUUAUAUAUUAGCUAUUCUACAACUAGUCAACGUGGUAAUCUACACUACUCAAGUUAUAUACUUUUACAUUCCUAGUUUUUAUAUAGUAAUAGCACUAACACUCUGGGAGGGAAUGUUAGGAGGUGGAGCUUACGUUAAUACAUUUUACACCAUUUCCACAGAGGUUGAAGAAGACAAAAAACAAUUUUCUAUGGCCAUUACCAGUUUUGCUGAUAGUUGCGGAAUUGCACUAGCUGGAGUGUUUGCAGUGUUAGCUCAUAAUAAGAUUUGUGAUGUACCUAUACCUGAUUAUGCUUAAUUUUUUUUAAAUAAUAUAGUAAUAAUAAAUGUCGUUAAUUAAUAAUUUUCUUAUUUGCACUUGGAAUUGGACAUUUCGAUAAAAUAAAAGUCAACAAUA